AGUCGCGAAGUGACAGGCGAAGUCGAUUGCGCAUGCGUCCGUUGGAGUGCCACUAAAGUCACAUGAUUGUCAAGAUGGCUUCAGUGCACUGGCACUCUCAGACUAGACAAUACCAGUUAGAGAAGGAGUCCCUUCGACUUGAGGCUGUACCUGUGGAAUUUGGAGAUUAUCAUCCUCUUAAACCAAUCACUGUAACUGAUUCCAAAACCAGGCGGACUGGGCGCAAGGGGAGCACCUCGUCUUCUUCAUCUUCUUCUAGCUCUGCCCCUGAUCCACUCAGUUCAAUUCUAGAUGGUUCUGAUCCCUUGUCUGUUUUUGCUGCUGCAGUGACUGACCCUCUCAGUGCCAGAAUUAGUGCUGGGGAGUCUGGAAACAGGAAGCAAGACAAAGAUGAUGAAACUGUUGUGGGGACUGAUUUUGAACCAUGGUCUGGGAAACGAAGUGAGAUCUUGGCAAGAUUCACCACUACAGAGAAGCUUUCCAUUAAUUUGUUUAUUGGAUCAGACAAAGGGAAAGCACCCAGUCCAAGCUCAGCAGUGUCUGAGAAGGUGCGGACACGACUGGAAGAAUUGGAUGACCUUGAGGAGGGAUCCCAAAAGGAGAUGCUCAAUCUCUCUCAGCAAGAUUAUGUAAAUCGCAUUGAGGAACUCAACCAAAAUCUUAAGGAAGCCUGGGCUUCUGACCAGAAGGUAAAGGCUCUGAAGAUUGUUAUUCAGUGCUCCAAACUCCUGUCAGACACAACAGUCAUACAGUUUUAUCCCAGCAAGUUUGUUCUAAUAACAGACAUACUGGACACUUUUGGACGACUGGUUUAUGAUAGAAUCUGGUCAAUGUGCUCAGAUACCCAACUUCUUCCUGAUUCUUUCUCAUCUGAUGAUGUGAAUGAUACUGCCAGAGAGACUUGUCUUAACUGGUUCUUUAAAAUUGCCUCUAUUAGAGAACUUAUCCCCAGGCUAUAUGUGGAGGCUGCAAUUCUGAAGUGCAACAGAUUCCUUUCGAAAAUGGGAAUACAGGAAACACUUCCACGACUGACAGCCAUGAUCAGAGGAAUUGGAGACCCCCUGGUGGCUGUGUAUGCUCGUGCCUACCUAUGCAGAGUUGGAAUGGAGGUGGCCCCUCAUAUAAAAGAAAGCUUGAAUAAGAACUUCUUUGAUCUUCUUACAACCUUCAAACAAAUUCAUGGGGAUUCAGUGCAGAACCAACUUGUGAUGCAGAGUGUUGAAAUUCCAGUUUACCUGACCCUAUAUUCACCUGCUAUUGAUUGGAUCAUGCAAUGUCUGGCUUACAGAGCUCCCGAGGCUCUGCUUACAGAGAUGAUGGAGAGAUGCAGAAAGCUGGGAAACAAUGCUUUAUUGUUGAAUUCGAUUAUGUCAGCUUUCCGUUCUGAGUUUAUAGCAGCUAGAGCCAUGGACUUCAUCAUGAUGAUCAAGGAGAGUGAUGAAGCUGGUUUCCCUAAGCAUCUCCUCUUCAUCUCACUUGGAAGGAGCCUGGCCUGUGCUGAUCCCCCUGAGAAUGAUCGCUUGACUGUUUUGAAUGAAGCUUGGAAGGUCAUCACUAAAUUACGCAGCCAGCAGGAUUACAUCAACUGUGCAGAGACAUGGGUGGAGUAUACGUGCCGCCACUUUACAAAACGUGAAGUCAACACAGUGCUUGCUGACAUCAUCAAACAUAUGACUCCUGAUAGAGCGUUCGAAGAUGCGUACCCACAGCUGCAGUCUGUUAUCAGGAAGAUUUUGAUGUACUUCCAUGACUUUUCUGUGCUGUUCUCUAUGGAACGUUUCCUGCCUUUCUUAGACAUGUUUCAAAGAGACAGCAUCAGAGUAAAUGUGUGCCAGGCUAUUAUGGAGGUCUUCAUCAGACACCAACAGGAACCAACGCGGGACCCGGUCAUCCUUAAUGCCCUGAUGCAUGUGUGCAAGACAAUGCAUGACUCUGUAAAUGCCCUUACAUUAGAUGAUGAGAAGAGAUCUAUUGCUGGACUGAUAAAUGGCUUUAUCAGAAUGGUUUCAUUUGGUCGUGAUUUUGAGCAACAGCUUAGUUUCUGUGUGGAGGCCCGGGCCACUUUUUGCAAUCUGGAGACUGUGCUGUCACAACUUAUACAUAGUGUAAACCAACUGGCUAUGGCAACACAUAGGGUGGUGAAGGGGUCACACUCCCGCAAGACUGCUGCCUUUGUACGGGCAUGUGCCGCAUAUUGUUUCAUUACAAUACCCUCGCUCACUGGCAUCUUUAACAGACUUGUACUAUACCUCCACUCUGGCCAGAUAGCACUUACUAAUAACUGUCUGUCUCAAGCUGAUGCCUUUUUCAAAGCUGCCAUCAGCCUGCUACCAGAUGUUCCCCGUUUGGUACUUGUAGAAGGAAAACUGCGACCUUCAGAAGGUUUCCUAAUAGAAUUUCUUCAAAACUUUCUUUCUACACUGCUUGUAGUGCCGGAUCAUCCAGAACAGGGAGUGUUAUUUCUUGUUCGUGGUUUACUCAACAUUGUUCAAGAUUACAAUUGGGAAGAUACUAAUGAUGCAAAACUUCGUAUCUAUAUUAGUGCCUUACCACUUCUUGCAGCCAUGAGCCAGGAUAAUUUCCUGUAUCGCAUCAACAAAGUUGAAUCCAAUGAAACACUUUAUGGAGGAGAUCCUAAAUUUGUUGCCGAAAUCAACAAGUUAUGUGAUACUCUUAUUGACCAGAUCCUAGACCACCUAAAGAAUUUGGGAAAAGAUGAGGCUUUUCAAAGACAAAGUUCCAUUGCCAUUAUGCUUUUGAACACUAUCUUGACUCAUGGAGAUCUGCGGAACAACCGUCUAAAUCAAAUGGUCGUCAAUCUGUGGAAUUUAGCCCAGAAGUAUGGCUAUGCAGAUACACGGGCAAUGGUCAAAAUACUGGAAUUUAUCAAAUUACAAGGCCAGAAGACAGACAUGCGCCACUUUUCUGAACUGGCUCUACGGCUGCCUUUACAGUCUAGAACGUGAAGCUAACGACACUCUUAGUCCUAGCGGAUCAAGUUCAUGUUUGCAAGAAGAUGCAGACAGUAUCUCAUGAAGGAUCGCCACCUUCAGAUGUGCACAGUCAGUGAAUACGGUUGAUUAUGGAAGGUCCAGUACUCAUUUCUGUCCUCAGCUGAUCAGGUUUGUUAUAGCAAGUGGAUUUGUGCUCAUCAUGUAAUUUGAAUAUCCCACCUUGGCUUUGUGACAUUAUUACUAACUACUCUCUUCUGGAGGAUCAGCACAGAAUUACCUUAUGGUUGAAAAAUUCAGUAUUGAAUUCACUUAAUGAAAGAGAUGUGUUUCAUUUAAA